AUGUGCAGAAAAUUUAGUAACGAUACACUCGCAAAUGUGUCGCCUUUCUUAAUUAAAAAGGUAAUCGAUUAUACCGCCGGUAGUGAGGUGGAAACUUGCAAAAAACUCAGAAAUGGUAACAUAUUAAUUAAAACUAAAAACUACAAUCAAGCCGAAAAAUUAGUGAAAUUAGUGUCACUCUCGCCCACUGUACACAUUGAAAUCUCCGAGCACACUUCACUUAACUUAACUAAAGGUGUCAUCCACUCCAACGAUUUGCGCGGUAUAAAAGAAGAAGAAAUCCUCGAUGAAUUGAGAAACCAAAACGUAACAGAAGUGAAGAAAAUACUUAAAGAGGAAAACAACGACUCACUGAAGGAGAUUGGUCUAAUUAUACUCACUUUCUCUUCAAUAUCUCUGCCAACUGAAAUGUCAAUAGGGUACGAAAAAAUCAAAAUCCGACCUUACAUUCCACUUCCACUAAGGUGUAAAAAAUGUCAACGAUAUGGACACAUAGAAAAAAUAUGCAAAAAUGCCAAAAUAUGCCCUAACUGUGCUAACGAAUUUCAUACCAGCGAAGACAACGCAGAAUGUGUAAACAUAAAGAGCUUCGUCAACUGCAAAGAAAACGGCAUCCAAACCUACAACCACAACUCAUAUGACCAAAAAUGCCCCAUAUUCGUACGUGAGAAAGAGAUUCAAGUUAUCAUAACAUUGGAAAAGGUUGACAGAAGGAAAGCAAUCUCCACAUACAAAGAGCGAAAUCAAUAUAGCGGACCAUCUUACUCAGCUGUCACCCGUAACAACUCUGCUCUAUACUCACAAACACAAGAAUCGCCCGCUCAAAGUAGCACCGUCACCAAACCAAUAAAUCAGCAACGACAAUGA